CCCUCUGGCGAAGGAGGGAUCAGGGAGAACAACACCAGGUGACCCCCACAUUCAAUGUGGUCAGAUACCUCUGUGGGUGUUUUUCUUUAUUUUUUAGCGGUUUUGAGAGCGUGAGGGAGCAGUUGUGUAUGUUUGUGAGUUUCUGAGGGUGUAUUCAACAUCUCUGGUUUCGCACAUGGUGUUAAAUUACUCAGUGGGAGCUUUAAUACAGCUAGAGACGCUCUUGAUUGGAAGUUUUGGAUGAGGGAGUGUGAGGGAGGUAAGUGGGGAAGAGAGCGGAGCCGGCAGGCAGGACAGAGAGGGCACAGAAACUUCUGCAGAGCCAGGAUCACGGAUAAACCAGAAGCCUGCAUUAAAAUUUAGUUUCCAGCAGUCUGAAUGGUAACCAGGUGGAGAGAAGCUGCAGUAGCAUCCUCAGCGUGGCACUGGCUGAAGUGCCUCCUCUACCUACGGAAGAUUGACCAUCAGAGCUAGCAUCAAAGCCGGCAAUGGAGGUGCCGCUUGUGAAUUUUGAAAACAUGGAUGAUGUUGGAAUCAACCUCGGUGAUCCAAGCGACUCGGGUUACCCGACCUCACCCACCUCAGAGGCUCCUGAUCAGAACCUGUUGGCCCAUCGACUUGCUUCUCCUCGCCAGUCCCCACGCAGAGGACGGCGACAGCGUCAGUCUGGUCAAGAUGGGUUGUCCCCUUCUACUCCUCCAACUCUUACCUCAAAAGCAAACUCCAGCAGUGGCAGCUUGAUCUCAAAUCUCAAGCUUCUGGCCAACAGUGAGUCCCCCAGUGACAGUGUCUUCAGUAAGAUGCUAAAGGAUUAUUAUGAAAAUGAAGAUCUCUUUGAAAAGCACUGUUUUGAAGAAAAGGAUGAGAAAGUUGUCAUCAAUGUUUCAGGACUGAUGUUUGAAACGCAACUCAGCACCCUUAGUAAGUUUCCAGAGACAUUGCUGGGUGAUCCCAUGAAGAGGAUACAUUACUUUGACCCAAUGAGAAACGAAUAUUUUUUUGAUCGAAAUCGUCCAUCGUUUGACGGAAUACUCUACUACUACCAGUCAGGUGGGAGAAUCCGCAGACCAGCCAACGUUCCCUUGGAUAUUUUUGCAAAUGAAAUUGUUUUCUAUGAGUUGGGUCAUGAAGCAAUGGAACAGUUUCGUGAAGAUGAAGGCUUCAUCAAAGAACCAGAAGUCCUCUUACCGACCAAUGAACUGCAGCGGCAGUUCUGGCUUCUGUUCGAAUACCCAGAGAGCUCCAGCGCAGCUAAGUCCGUUGCUCUGGUCUCUGUCUUUGUCAUUGUCAUUUCAAUCUUUAUUUUCUGUCUAGAGACUCUUCCAGAGUUCAGGGAGGACAGUGACUUUCCUCCAGGUUUCAUCCAAAUGAUCAAUGGCUCUCAAAGCAGUUCUCCCUCUUACCCUGCCCCUAAAACUGCGUGGACAUAUCUCACAGACCCAUUUUUCAUUGUUGAGACUAUUUGCAUCAUAUGGUUCUGCUUUGAGCUCGGUGUCCGUUUUGUGGUGUGCCCCAGUAAAAGUGAUUUCUUCAAUAACAUCAUGAAUAUUAUUGACAUUGUGUCUAUAAUUCCUUACUUUGUUACUCUUGGAACUGAGCUAGCCACAACACCCGAUGAUGAUGUGAACGCAGGUCAGAACAUGUCCUUGGCAAUUUUGAGAAUCAUUCGACUUGUGAGAGUCUUCAGAAUUUUCAAGCUGUCUCGACACUCAAAGGGUCUUCAGAUUUUGGGUCAGACUCUAAAAGCCAGCAUGAGGGAACUGGGGCUGCUAAUUUUCUUCCUAUUCAUAGGAGUCAUUCUUUUUUCCAGUGCCAUCUACUUUGCAGAAGUGGAUGAGCCCCAGACACAGUUUGUUAGCAUCCCUGACGGCUUCUGGUGGGCUGUUGUAACCAUGACCACUGUCGGAUAUGGAGACAUGUGUCCGAUCACUAUGGGAGGCAAAAUGGUCGGUACCCUCUGUGCCAUAGCUGGUGUUCUGACCAUUGCCCUACCAGUCCCUGUCAUCGUUUCCAACUUUAACUAUUUCUACCACCGUGAGACAGAGCAAGAAGAAAAACAAGUGAUGGAUGCAGCCGCAGAAGCUGCACAGAAAAUGUCAGCUGCUAACAGGAGUGGAAGCACACUCUCACUCAACAAGAGUAAUGGGACUUGGCAAAAUGAGAAAAAUGGCAUGCAUUGAGUAAAAUGUUUCAUUUUUUAAACUUACGGGGCCAGAUAAACAGGAAUUAAAAAAUAAAACAUAUCUGUUAGUGAGGCACAAGUGAUUUAUCUACUCGUUUUUUGUACCUGAAACACUUAUGAAGAUGAUUACAGUAUUAUUAGACACUGAUGGCACAGACAGUACACAAUCUGUCUGUCUGCAUGUAGACGUGUCAAAGUGCAAUUAACAUAACUGAGCAACUACUGCUUCAGUAACUCUGAGAAUACAAAGUGCAGUAAGAAAAAAUAACCUAAGAAGUGCAAACUGAUAAGACCUUAGUAGAAUAGGUUUGUCUGUCAGAUAAAAACAAAUGAAGUAAUCUAGUUAUUUUAUCAUAUACAGUGAAAUCAGAUAGGCAUUGGCAGCAUGUUCAAGGGCAGGCAAGUGUGUGUAGUGUAAAAUAGGACAUUGGCUUACUCAUUGUCUUCUCAGCACAUCUAUAGGUGCAAAUGUACAGCCAGCGGCACCUCCCCAUGUAACAAUAUCUGUGUGAUAAAUAGCAGGCGAAGUCGCAUGGCCGCUAUUAAUCUUGUAGAUACCCUGCAAAGUUAAAAAUAAAACUGCUUUAUCUUCAGUAUACAUGCAAGGGUUUGCAUGCAGCGGUUUUAAUAAUCACAAACACAGAUUACUUUUUUAAUCUAUUCGUUUUAUUAUAAUUUGGCACCAAGCAGCAAUGCAGAUGUAUUUGACUUUAACUUGAACAACGAAACAAUUUAUAUUCUAAUGUGAAAUAAAUAACCCUUUAAUAUUGCAUCACUUCAUUGCACUAAAAGCUUUUUUUCUACAUAUGUCUUAAGCACUUUAGGAGCUUUACAUCCUCCAUUGCUAGCAGGGAAAAUGUGUUUGUAAGAGUGUACAGAAUUGUAAAAAAUUAUAUAAAUAUAUGCAUUUGUGAACAGACUAAAUGGUAAAGGCAAAAAAGCAAAGAAAUAUUUUUUAUUUAAGAAUUUUUUUUCCAUUUGCCGAUGAUUUUUCAUUCUUUAUUGCAUGGCAUAAUGACUGAUAUGACAUUUCAUUCCUUUUAUCAUAUAUGAAAAUUUUAUACAUGUGAGUAUAUAUUGCAACUGAAUUUACAAUAAUAUUUUUAAACUAUUAUGAGGAACAAUAUACUGGGGAUGAGAUAAAGAGAUAAUAAAAACAUGGACUGUGAGAUAAUGAGAAAUGAUUACUUGCAUUUUGCACAAGAUAAGAUGAAUAUGAACUAUUUAUGCAUGAAACAUUUUCUUCACUGGAACAUAGUGUAUGUGAGUGUUCAUAUAAAUAUCUCUUGUACCGAAAUGUCAGUGAAUGUAAUUGUAUCUCAGUCAAUGCCUUUAUAAUAAUCCUUAAAAAAAUGGGCCUAACAGAAAAAUGCUUUUCACCUCCCGAAAAAGCUGUACCUGUAAGGAAAGUAUAUUGCAACAAGGUGACAUUAGUAGGUCACUUCAAUAAUCAGCACUUUAAUAUGUUAUGGAGCACUGAAUGGGUGAAGACUGUUACUGUAUGUGUCAACUUUGUACAGUACAGUGUCAUAAUUUGCAAUGUUUUAUUUAUCCUGCAAAGAGUGCCUUUCAUUAAACAUG